CACCAUUGUGGGGCUCCACCCAGCAUCAAGCCUGCAUAUCUACCGAACUGAUAACAACAGAGCGCGCGCCUGUAGGAGGUCAGUGACGGGAACAGACUUGGCCGCCGGCUUCUCCAAUGUCCUUAUCAGCGGCGCGGAUUUGUCCUCCAGAUUCAUGCACAUGCCGCUGGGGAAAUAAGAAGCUAAAUAUAUGUUAUUUGGGCGAGAUGCUUCCUCAUAGCUGAAUACAACCUGUCAAUCUCACCAGGAUCUGUGUCGACUUAUUCUCUUCCAAGGACGGCAUCCCAAUCACAUCCAGAAAUGGCUCCUUCAGCGGUCUAUGAAGUUCCUCCACAGUCCAAGCAGAUCAAGAAGGCUGCACCUCCCGUUCCAAUCUUCGCUAAUGACGCCGAUAUUGAGGAUGUCGUGAAAGGCCUCAUCGUCGCAGGAGGGUGUGUCAUUCGCAACGCUGUGCCCAUCGAGGAUGUCAAGCAGAUCGAGAAGGAUUCUCAGCCUUGGCUUGACGCGGAUAAGCCUUGGGAUGGAGAUUUCUUCCCACCCGAGACUCGUCGAGCCUAUGGACUCCCUCAAAAGUCCCAAACCUUUGUAAACAGCUUUAUCAAGAACGACCUCUAUCAGGAAGUGUGUGACAGGAUUCUUACGAAAAAGAGUCUGUGCUGGAAUGGUCAAAAACGUGAGGAGAGUGUUUCGAAGCCACAACUGAACACCACAGUGGUAUUCAACAUUGGCCCUGGUGCAAGAGCACAAGAGCUGCACCGAGAUGAUAUGAUCCAUCACAACUACCCUCUCCCAGAGAUCACUGCUGAACAAUACUCUUUCGAUCGCGAGGUUGGUAUCGGCUGGUUUGUGGCAGGACGGCGCACUACCAAAGCCAAUGGCGCCACGCGAUUCAUUCCAGGAUCCCAUUUGUGGGAUAGCGAGAUCCCACCAAACGAAGAGCUUGCGUUCUAUGCCGAGCUGGAGCCCGGCGAUGGGUUCAUCUUGCUCUCCUCGUGCUUCCAUGGAGGGUCUGCCAAUACUACUACGGAUGAGCACCGUCUUUUGUACUGCUGCUUCAUGACACGUGGUUAUCUUCGCCAGGAGGAGAAUCAGUACCUUGCGAACGAUGGACAUGUCCUCAAGAAAAUGUACGAUGCUAAAACGAUGGGGCUGCUUGGCUGGGAUCUCAGCCCUCCUUUCUUGGGCUGGGUCGACCAAGCCAGUCCUCUCAAGCUUUUGUAUGGUGAUGCUUAUCAAGCGGGCACGGACCUGUUCUAGACAAUAUGAUGGAUGUUGAAUGACUGUAGUUGAGAAAACACUCUCUGGCUGGUAGGGUUGCUUCGAGGAUGAAUAGACACAAAUUCAGGACUAUACAUGUACCUUGCCUAC